GGCCGAUAGAUGGCAGCUCGGCAUCCUCCCUCAAGCAGAGAAGCGAGCCGGUGCACGGAGCGGACAGACCGGAAUAUUCUCAGGAUAUCUGGCUGAAUGAAAAACUGUAAUGAACUGAAUAAGAUGAUCAACCACCUGGGGAUUUUAGAGCAGAAGAUUUGAAAGGCGAAUAUUCGGCUGAGAAAUUUCUAUAAGACAGAGAGUCAGCUCGCCGGUCAUGCAGCACUACGGAGUGAACGGCUACUCUCUGCACGCCAUGAAUUCACUGAGCGCCAUGUACAACCUUCACCAGCAGGCGGCGCAGCAAGCACAGCACGCGCCUGACUACAGGCCCUCGGUGCACGCGCUCACUCUCGCGGAGAGACUGGCUGACAUUAUCCUUGAGGCCCGCUAUGGCUCCCAGCACCGAAAGCAGCGGCGCAGUCGGACAGCGUUCACCGCCCAGCAGCUGGAAGCUCUGGAGAAAACCUUCCAGAAGACGCACUACCCUGACGUGGUGAUGCGUGAACGCCUGGCCAUGUGCACCAACCUGCCCGAGGCACGUGUGCAGGUUUGGUUCAAGAACCGUCGGGCCAAGUUUCGUAAGAAGCAGCGCAGCUUGCAAAAGGAGCAGCUCCAGAAACAGAAAGAAACUCAAGGAGCUGCCGAAGGUGCUACAGAGGACUCCAAGAAUGAUCUCACUACUGCCACUACCCUGGCUCCUGAGACUCGCACUCCUCCUCCUCCCUCCUCCUCUUCAUCCUCUCACUCAGAGACAGAGAGGCAGGCAGCAGCACGGCCCCAGCCUGGCGAGAUGAGCGUGGAAGUAAACGUCACCUCCCCUGAACCAUCAGACAGCGAGUCAGCAGCAGAAGAUAAUGCUGACAGAGAGGAGGACGAAAUAAGAGGAGAGACGAGGGUGAAACUCAGGGAGGAGAUUCAGGGGGAGGGGGGACUGCCGACAGGGAGCAGCUCCCCAUCCUGUAAACGGCUGAGUCCAAGCUCAGAUUCUCCUUUGAGCUCCCCCGCCUUGCCCUCCUCCAGCAGUGUAAGCAGUGGUCUAGCGCAGAGCAACUCCUAUGCUUCGUCUCCUCUCAGUCUCUUUCGCCUGCAGGAGCAGUUUCGGCAACACAUGGCGGCCACCAACAACCUGGUGCACUACCCAUCAUUUGACAUGAGCACGCCGUCCAGUCUGCCCUACCUGGGCAUGAACGUUAACAUGCCUUCCCCACUGGGGUCGCUGCCCUGCCAGUCCUACUACCAGACCCUGUCGCAGGCUCAGCAGGUAUGGAACAACCCACUGUUGCAGGCAGCGCCGGGCAACCUCCCAGGAAGCCUCAACAGCAAGACCACCAGCAUCGAAAACCUCCGUCUGAGGGCCAAGCAGCAUGCGGCCUCGCUGGGAUUGGAUACACUCCCCAACUGAAGCUUGGCUGCUCGUUGUACGUGCUUGGCCUCUAGGUCAGGGACUACGCUACAGAAUGGAGGCCUGCCAACAGGAGGUGACCUAACAACACCUCCUCCUGACCUCUCAUGAACCAGCAAAAGAACUUUGUGUGUCCACCCAGAAUUCAGAAUUACCUCCAAAACCGCAGUAGAACCCUCUCCAGUUUAAUGUCAAGAUUAUUUGCUCUUCAGAUGUUGUAAUGAGAAUCACAAAGUCUGCCCACAUUUCAAAUUUGUGCUCAUACAAAUUAAUUGCAAAGCUGAGAUUUUUUGUUUGCUCUUUUGUCGAUUUGAAAUAAACCCAGUUUCAAAGUAUUUGUAAGUACACACCAAAAGAGCAUAAAGCAUGUUUUAGGGGCUCUCCUUUAACUGAGUGCCAGGGUUGUCAGUUCAUGUAUUGCCCUUAUCCUCAACACCAUCAUUUGAGCAUGCGGCUCACUGCUGGGAGCACAAAGAACAUCUCUGCUGGAUAGACCGAAGAGAAAAUAAGAUUAUGACAAGAACUCAACGGACUUAAUGAAAAUCCCACCUGGACUGAAGCUGUGACUGAACAGCACUGUUUAGCACUUGCUUGCAUUUGACACCACCUGGUCAAUAGAAUCAGGAAGUUCUAAUGCCAGCUGUUCACUAUGAUUUAAGCUUCUUCUAUAAAGUCACUGCAGGAAGGCUUGAACUCCAGAGCUGUCAGUCUCAUUCCAGGACAGAUAUGAAAGAUAUAUAUAUAAAAAAAUCUUAUAAUCCUACAAGAACUCGAACUAUGCAUGCUUGUACCCCACUGAAGCAUGGCUUAUAGCCACAUGACAUAGUUGACAUGGCAUUGGCAGCAGGGUAAAGUUCUGAUAUCAAAUUGGUUACUAUAAUCUCACAACCAAAUACAUUUUUCUUGAUAGAUGACUUUCACAGUCAGAGCUUUCAGGUCAGCUUUCAAGAAUCCAUUGAGCAUUGUAAAUAUCCUUCAGUAUUUGUCCACCUUCCUGAGUAAGGAAUACCUCCAUGUCUCUUCUUUUUAAAGGAUUUAACAGGAAGUAGCCCAUGUAUUUUCCAGUUUUGGCUUUAAGCAAAGGACCUAACAGAGAAAAUGAAGCAAAGAGGAGAAUCUGCAGAUGAGGCACAGUUAAAAAUAAUUUCGCACCGCCAACAUUUAUUUUUGUCAGACUGAACUCACCACUUUUCCUGAGCCGGCGGCUUCAGCAGAAAAAUGCACAGGCCAGUUCUCUAUGUAUUAUAUGACUGUACAUUGAAAACAUGUAUUUCUCAUUUGUUUUAAAUGUGAGUAAUUUAUCUGUUCAAUGCAAGGGAAUAAAUCAAAACAUAAGAAUGACUUAUGUUCACAGCAUGAAAAUGUCUGUCUGUAUUUUUUCAUUAACACUUUCAAACCAGCUAUUUAUUAGGUAAUUAAGUAUUUAUUAAGAAAAUGUGACAUUGAGAAAAAAUCAAUUUCUUCAUAAAAUACAUGAUAAAACUCUUGUGGGAUGAGUUGACAGAAGUUAGCCAAAAGGUGAGUCUGAAGAAGACCAGGAAAGCCAUUUACUUUCUAACCAGGAUAUUGAACCAGUUACCAUGCCCUCUCAGACGUUACUUUCCAAUGAGAAUAAGUUGGCAACAAAACAAGGGUGGGCUUGGAUUCGAUUG